AUGAGAAGCAAAUCCAUCUUAGCUGGUGCCGUUAAUGUUCCAAUUGAACCAACAUCAAAUGUUGACUCACGAACGACAAACAAUAUUGUCAUAAAGAACUAUAGUUCAGAGUGUUUGAAAGAAAAAGAACCAGAACUUAAGUCGGGAGGGCUCAAAGAGCCCAUCUUGGCGCAUGGCGCCGUGAAUUUAAACUCAGCUUCAAACGCUAACGCUACAUCAGAUGUUAAGUUAGAGUAUCCACCACUGGACCAAAUUCUUUCAAGAGAAGCCAACGACAACCCUUACACAAAUGUUCAAACAAAUCCUUCAGAUAACGUAGACCAUUACCUUCUUCAGUUAUACCAAACAAUUUUACUCAAAGACGAUAAGAAGCUUUUGACAAAUCUUAUAAGCAAGAACCAAAUAAUUCUAACAAAGGAGGACCUUGAAAAUGUUAUCUCACGAAUAACAGGGAAACAAUGUGUCAUUGACUAUCUCGACCCUGAAAUCGAAUGCUGUGGUCAAACUCCA